GCCGUCGUGGCAGCCAGAGGGCGCCCGGGCGGGGGCGCCAAGAGCCCGGUAACCAUGUCAACACCAGCUGCAAAUUCUUGAGUGGGAACUCCCUGCUGAAGAGCUCACCUCUUACAGAGCUUUCUUCACAACUGUGAGGCGCUGCUAACCAGCAGGAAUGGAGCUUCUUUCAAGCAGUCCACCAGCAUCAGACCUCCAGAGCCACUACAGCACUGCUGUCCCAGGGCCAGACUCCCCCGAGGCCGUCUGAGACGGAGCCGGUGGCGUGGGCGCCUCUUUUAAGAUGACCCGAACCGACCCACCGGAUCUGCUGGUGUCGACCGUAUACCAGGACAUCAAGGUGGCCGCCCCAGGCCCCGCAGCCAGUGGCCCGCCAUGUGAAAGCCCAAUGUCGCGGCCCGCGGCUCCCGCGCCUUUCAACAAGCGCCACUGCCGCAGCUUUGAUUUCCUAGAGGCGCUGGACGGGCCCGCCAUGGAACCCCGCGGUCCCGAACGGCACCCGCAAGAGCUGCCUCCCGUGGCGCAGCGGCGCGGACCACCUGGCCCUGAGCCUGCUCGGCCGCGCCACCGCGGAAAGGAUGGGGAGCCCAAGCGCCGAGCCCGCUCCAAAAGUGCUCCCAGGGCUAAGACCAACCUGGUGCCCGCGGCCGCGCCCGCCUCACCCCCAGUCACUCGGAGGGGCCGUGAAGUGCAGAGGGCUCCGCCCCGCGAGCCACCUUCUCCAAGGCGAGAGCCCACCUACCCGGCCAUGCGUGCGCUGGCCAACGAACUUCACCCCAUCAAGCUGCAGCCGCAGCGCAGUAGUGCUAACCGCAUUUCACCCCUCUGCCCUGCCAGCCGCUGCGUUCCGCCACAAGAGGAGCCAGCUCGCGCCCCAGCCCCGGCCCCUCACGUACGCUGCCGCGUAGAUAUUAAGCCUGAUGAGGCGGUGCUGCAACACGCUGCCCGUGGAUCCCGCUCUGUCCCCCCAGCAGACAGCCAGGCCUGGGCACGGGUCCCCUUGCCCCCUCGGGGGCUCACAGUGCCUGGGCCUCGCCACGUGGUGCUGUCGCGCACGCCCACGCCUAGUGACUCCUACAGCGGGGAGCCACGAGCGCUGUACUGUGACGGUCCCUUUCCUGGGCCGCCCUCCCGCGACUAUUCUGAACGGGGCUGCCCUCCUUUCGCGGCCCCACCCGGCCCCACUAAAUUCUUCUAUACAGAGGAGCCCAGCGGCUACCCAACUCUCCCAGCCCAAGCCUUCGACAGCUACGGCGCCCGCCCCUAUCCCGGGCACGGCCUCCAGCCCUACUACUCUGAGGAACCUCAAGGGCCCAGCCCGCCACGGGGCUACUACAUGGAGGAAGCCCGUACCUACCCUAUCCAGGAGCCCCCAACUCGUUCCUACUACGGGGAAGCCCCACGCUCCUACGGUCCCCGCUUUGGAGAUGAGCCCCGCUACAUAGAGGAUUCUCGAGCCUUCUCUUCCCGCCUUUUCUACACUGAGGACUAUACCAAGUACCGCGAGCGAAAUGCCCUGUCCAGGACUUACCCGUACCCUCGUGGAGGAAACCAGUCCUGGGGAGACUGGCAACCCCUCCCCUACCGCACCCUACAAGUUGCCCCCCUACCGCCUCCCGGCCCCGGGGCACUGCUAUCCUCUUGGCACGGAGGCACUGGCACCAGCCCACCUCGGCUGGCCACAGACAGCCGCCACUACUCUCGCUCUUGGGACAAUAUCCUAGCGCCUGGUCCACGCCGGGAGGACCCUCUGUGCAGGGGCCGCAGUUAUGAAAACCUUCUGGGCAGGGAGCCUAGGGAGUCCCGGGGCCUCUCCCCCGACGGUCGACGGCCUCCGGUUGUGGUCAAUUUGUCCAGCUCUCCCAAGCGCUACGCAGCCUUGUCGCUGUCGGAGACAUCCCUGCAGGAAAAGGGCCGGGCUGGGGAAGGACCGAGCCGCGCCUGGUACGUCACCCCGGAGAUCACCAUCACCGACAAUGAUCUGCGGGCUGCGGAGCGUCGGGUCGGGGGCUGGGAACACCUCGGCGGCCGCCCUCCUGCACCUGCCCCUCGCCCCCCGGCUCGUGACGGCCCCUCCUCAGCUCGGCAGCGCAGCCUGGAGCAGCUGGACGAACUCAUCACUGACCUGGUCAUCGACUCCAAGCCCCCCACAGGUUCCACGCCCCCGGACAGUGAUAGCCUGGGCCGCCAGCUGCGCCAACUCCUGAGCGACGGGCAGACCCGGGGGCCACCUGAGCCGGAGCUGGGACCCGAAGCGGAGGCCGAGCCAGAGCCCCCGUCGCCUACCAGCCCGGAUGUCCCUCGCCGGGACGAGACGGCCGGCGGCUCCCCGGAGCUGAGUGCGGACGAAGAUGACCUCAUGACGUGCUCCAACGCCAAGUGCCGCCGAACCGAAACGAUGUUCAACGCCUGCCUCUACUUCAAGUCGUGCCACAGCUGCUACACCUACUACUGCUCGCGCCACUGCCGCCGGGAGGACUGGGACGUGCACAAGGCCAGCUGCGUCUACGGCCGGGUGGGCAGCGUGUGCCGCCACGUGCUCCAAUUCUGCCGCGAGAGCCCGCCAGUGCACCGCGCCUUCUCGCGCAUAGCGCGCGUGGGCUUCCUGUCCCGCGGCCGCGGGGUCCUCUUCCUGGGCUUUCCCAGCCCGGGUUCGGCAGAGAACUUCCUGCAGUUUGGCCUAGAAAGCCUAUUGAUGUCGCCCACUUAUUUGUCCCUGCGCGAGCUGGGCGGCUACGCAGACCCGCUGGGCGGCUAUGGACAGGAGCUACAGGCAGCCGGGCGCCAGUACGAGCCGGCAGAGUGCUUCUUGCUCAACGUGACGGUAGCCGUGGGACCCGACGUGCCGGCGCGGCCAUCGCCCAAGAGCCCGGUGCCCACUGUGCGCAAGUUCGCUAAGGUGGCCCUGGCGACGCCCGGGAGCCCCGAGCGACGACGGCGUGCCCCCCGGCGCGAGCCCGAAAUGGAAACGCUGAUCCUGACGCCACCGCCCGGCACAGCGGGCCUGGGCCAGGAAGGCGAGGCUGGUCGGCGCGCGCGCGAGGUGGCCUUCAUCCACAUCCAGCGCGAGCUGCGUCUGCGCGGCGUCUUCCUUCGCCACGAGUACCCGCGCAUCUAUGAGCAGCUCUGCGAGUAUGUGGAGGCCAACCGGCGCUUCACUCCCACCACCAUCUACCCCACGGACCGCCGCACCGGCCGCCCUUUCAUGUGCAUGAUCAUGGCCGCCUCCGAGCCCCGAGCCCUAGAUUGGGUGGCCAGUGCCAACCUGCUCGAUGACAUCAUGUGACAACCCCCUCUUCACACACACACACACACACACACACACACACACACACACACACACACCCCUCUCCUAGGAGCGUUAGGUUUUGAACGCGUGUCUCCAACCGCCUUGGAUUCCCAACAGCCUUUCCAGAUUGGGCCUCGCACCCAAGCACCUCUCCUAGCCUAGAUUCUGUCCCACAGCCCAACCAAUCCCUGGUUUUGGCCCCGCCUUCAAUUAGCCUUCUAGCCUUUGGCCCCCCUCCGGCUACCUCCCCCUUCCCCAAUUUCCCCUCUCCUGGCGGUGGCUUCACCCCUGACCUCUCCUACUAGGUGUGGCCCCGCUCCCAACCUCCCAUCCUGACAGGGCCCUUCCCGGACCAUUCUCUUGAUUUUGGCUCCUUUCCCCACCUCCUCUGCUUAGUUUUCUCGUCAGUUGACCCUGUUUCCACCCUCCUCUCCUUUUUAGAUACACCGAUGGUGUAGGGGCUACCCUGGGGCUUUUCCUGCUUUAGCCUUUCUUCCGAGGGAAGUGUGUAUAUGGAAGUGCAAGGGGUCCUUGGUUUGGAGCAAUGCCGGGAAAAUACACUGGCCCAGGCCACUCUCUGCCCAUCAUUCUUUCCUACUCCCAGGCUACUCGUUAUCCAUUGCCUUCUCCAAUCUCUGCGGGUCACCACGACUCCUAAAAAAAAGAGAAACUGAGUCCCUGGCCUGGGAUGGGUCACAUACCCACUCAUCAUCCCCGGUCCUGAACUUCUUUGUUAACCAAAGCUACAGUUUAGUCACUUUAAAUACCCUUAUCCUACUCAGGUCAUUCUCAAGUGGGAUUUGGGGAGAAACCUCCAGUUUCCUUCAAAUUGAGAAGAUACAUACUAAGUUCUUGUCUUUUCUCCUCCCUGCUCUCUACCCCACUCCCUUAGAAAGAUAGCCCACCUCAGCUAGACUCCAAAACUGGACUUUCAUUCAUAAAGAACAGAACUAGGACAAGGGGUGGGAGGGAAGGAUGGUGCUAGGCAGGAUGGGAAGGAAUUGAGAACUUCAGUAUCAGUAGAGGUUUUAGAUGCUCAAAUUCUGUUAUUUUAGCUCCCUACCCCUCCCCUUCCCAAUUCAUUUUACAGAAACACUGGUCUCAUAGAGGUUGUGUGUUGUGUGUGUGUGUGUGUGUGUGUGUGUGUGUUUCUGUAUGGAAUUGGGAGAAGGGGAAAGCAGGGCCUAACCUUCGACUUUUCUCUCUUUGGAGAAAAAUGUUGCCAAGUCUGGAGGAGGAGAUAAAUGUGCCUGUUUUUAUGUUUGUGUACACAUCUGUAAGUAGGAGUCUAUGCCCCAAGAUAGUGGGCAGGUGUUCACAUACUAGAUUCAUGUGGUUGGGUAUGUUGUCACCUAUUUGAAUUCAUUAUCUUUGAAAAGAAUUUGGGAGGGAAGAGAGCUAUAUAGACCUCUAACAUCCAAUGAUAAGCCAUGUUCCUGCCCCUUAACACCAGUUCCUUUCUCUAGCCCCAAGAGAGGAUGAUGAAGGGAAGACAAGGUCACUGAUGCCAUGUUAGACACAGGAAAUGCUGCUGCCUAAAUGGCUGGAGGAAAGCAGGCAGGACUUUCCCUGAGCUUCUGGAAUGAAAGAUGAGUCUGUGCCCCAACUCUACCCCCUACCAUGUACCAAACAUAUCUCCUUUGGGCAAAGCCCUGUCUUGUGUAUUAGAGGAAGAAGAUUACAUAGUCCCUACUAUCUUAGGAAGCUCCUAGUCUGAUUAUGGAGCUAGGAUGAGCACACACAUAAUAUUAUUAUAUUUAUUAGAAUACAUUUAUAUACAUAUAUAUUAGAACCAAUAAUUUUAUCAGUACGACUUCACAACUGAUAUAAAUCACAACUUCUUUCAUACCUUAGUAGUCAGUCUUCAAGAGAUGCUGUGACUGAAAAAAAUUUCACCUGAUGCUCAACUUCCUGGUGAUGAGGCCUUCCAAAUUUAGCUAGACUGGUUCUCAGAUGACAGAUGUAUAUAGGCCAUUGCCAGGCCUAAAGUUGUACAAUAUGUUAGCACCCCAGCCAAGGCUUGAAUUCUGCUAGCAUAACCUUUUUAAUAUGGGUCUUCUGAAUGUCAUGAUGAGGCAACAGAGGAUUAUUUUACUGAAGAAUGUAUAUGUGCAUAUAAAAAUAUAUGCACAGACACAUUUGACCAACAAAUAUUUAUU